GAAGGUAGGAGCGGCAGCCCAGGCAGGAGGACGAGGAGGAGGAGGAGCCGUCGCAGGAUGAAGGAUCGGACUCAGGAGCUGCGGAGUGCGAAAGACAGUGACGAUGAGGAGGAGGUGGUCCAUGUGGAUCGGGAUCACUUCAUGGAUGAGUUCUUUGAACAGGUGGAGGAGAUCCGGGGCUGCAUCGAGAAGCUGUCGGAGGAUGUGGAGCAAGUGAAAAAACAGCACAGCGCCAUCCUGGCCGCCCCCAACCCGGAUGAGAAGACCAAACAGGAGCUGGAGGACCUCACUGCAGACAUCAAGAAGACCGCCAACAAGGUUCGGUCCAAAUUGAAAGCGAUCGAGCAAAGCAUCGAGCAGGAGGAGGGGCUGAACCGUUCCUCCGCGGACCUGCGCAUCCGCAAGACCCAGCAUUCUACACUCUCCCGGAAGUUCGUGGAAGUAAUGACCGAAUAUAACGCGACCCAGUCCAAGUACAGGGACCGCUGCAAGGACAGGAUCCAGCGGCAGCUGGAGAUCACCGGAAGGACCACAACCAACGAAGAGCUGGAAGACAUGCUGGAGAGCGGGAAGUUGGCCAUCUUCACUGACGAUAUCAAAAUGGACUCCCAGAUGACGAAGCAGGCGCUGAAUGAGAUCGAGACGAGGCACAACGAGAUCAUCAAACUGGAAACCAGCAUCCGCGAGCUGCACGACAUGUUUGUAGACAUGGCCAUGCUCGUGGAAAGCCAGGGCGAGAUGAUUGACCGAAUUGAAUACAACGUGGAACAUUCCGUGGACUACGUGGAGCGAGCUGUGUCUGACACGAAGAAAGCCGUGAGAUAUCAGAGCAAGGCCCGGAGGAAGAAAAUCAUGAUCAUCAUUUGCUGUGUGGUGCUGGGGGUGGUCUUGGCGUCAUCCAUUGGGGGGACGCUGGGCUUGUAGGCCCACCACCCCUACCUCCCCCAGACCCUUCCCCCACCACAUUGGGAGCAAUACCCCCACGACCCCUUUCACUCCAUCCCCUGCUCCAGGCUCACCCCCAAGACAGACCCAGGCAGCCCUCUCCUUACCCCACCCCCCCAUCAGACCCUGGAGUCCCUGGACCUCACUGCACCAUGGACCCUCCCCCCACAUAAAUAGCAGCAGGCGUGAUUACACAUGCACACCAACAUGCAUGCCGCCGGCACGUGCUCGAGACGAGUGGACACCCCAGCCUGUGUGUGUGCGUUCACAGGUGUGUGUAGAAGCACCACAGCACCCUUCUUGCCCCCACCUUGUCUGUGUGUCGUCUUAGCGUUCCCCUUCGCUCGGUUGUUGUGUAGACGUGGCCGGGAUCACACAGCAGCCACCAAGCCCUGCUCUGUCUUCUGUGAAUAGGUGUGUGUGUCCACAGAUCUGUGGACACAGAAUUUGUGUACAUGGAAUUUUGUGUUGGAGUGUUUGAAUCUAAUGCAAUAGUACUUCUUCCACUGACACCCCCGCCCCCACACCUGCUAUAAACGGGCAGGUUGUGCGUGUGCAGAUGGUCCUUCCCAGAGGAUCCAGGUAGGCCCAAGUUCACGGGCCAUGGCAGGAGCCCCACUGAGAUGUGGAGCAAAUCUUCCUGGUUUAGUCACCCCAGGCCUGGGUCCCGUGGGAAAGUGUGAGUGUGUGUGUGUGUGUGUGUGUGUGUGUGUGUGUGUGUGUUGUGAGCCUUGGAGUUGAGCCAACAUGAGUGGAAGCGUACACGUAUAAAUAACCUCGCUUGGCUUGUAUAUACAUGUGCAUUUCCCAGCAGGUGAUGCGAGAACUGUGUGUGUCUCAGGAUCUGCCUGAAGUGCUGGCAGGUCUCCCCAGACAGAGCAUCUGUGCUGCCCCCGGACACAGCUGGGCGGGCACAGGACGCUGUUUGGACGGUCCGUGUGAGCGUGUGUGUGUGCACUGGCACGGAGGCUUGCUCCACGGUGUUUGUCCCGUUUAUAUAUGCGCACACGCUUCUCUUUAAGGUCUCGCGCCCCAUCCAGGCUUGUCUAUGAACAUUGAUUUACCCCUCCCUCUCUCCCCGGAGCUGCUGCCAGCAUCUGGUCAUGGCCACACGCUGCAACAUCAACGUUGUGCAACUGGCACAUCCUGCCCUGCCAGGCGCCAGAGCCCCUGACACACAGCCGGGCGCUUCUCUUCCUCUGUGUCCCGGCCAGAGGACAGGCCUGCACCCGUGAGGGCUGGGACACGUGUGCUCACUCAUGCCCAGGCUCAGGAGGCCUCGUGGAGGUGACCACACCCAGGCACACAGCACCACACUGGAGCACACGUGCAUGCUACCAUGGGCAUGGCGCCCAUUUGCACAUGUAUGCCUCCUGAAGGGACAGCGUGAGGACAUCAGUGACAAGGCCAGUGUGGAGAGUCACCCCAGACAGCUAGGGAAUGAGCGCAUCCCUGCCUUCCGCACACUUAUCUCAGAAUAUGGGUCUCCCUCGCCCCGUUUGAUGCUCUGGGCUUCGUCUCAGGGGCCUUGGUUUGGGGAGCUGUUUGUCGCAGGUGCACUGGAGUGGCCAGUGUGGCAGCAGCCACUCGGGAUGGGCUAAGUCCCGGGAUCCAUCCCCGGACACCUUUGCUGAAAUGUCUGCCAUCGCUGCUCCCCAGCCAGGGUGAGACUGAGGGUGGGCACAGGCCCGGGUUUCUGAUGGUGCGGAGAGGGCCUGCUCCUCCCUUGUGUAGGCGACACAUGCUCAUGGGCUCGUGCGUUUGGUGGCUGGUGGGAGGUGCAUGAGCCAGGACAAUGUCAGAAGCCCCCGCACUCCGUGGCUGAGGAACACGGACCCACAAAUACAGGACUGAACACACAAGGACAGGAUGUGCCCUGCCCUCGGGGUGGGCAUCCAUGUGCACAGGACAAAGGACUCAGGGCUGUGUGCAGAUCAUUUCCCAGGAUUCCACUUUAUGUGAAGCGUGUGUGUGUGUGUGUGUGUGUGUGUGUGUGUGUGUGUGAGACAAUGCAGAUGUGACCUGGGACACAUACCCUCCGACCCCCAUGCCAGCCCUUCCCUGCCUGGCUGUUUGGGCUCUGCUUGUGUGUGGCCAAUCGGUGUAAACCCCGAGCUGUGCUGUCCUGAAGAGGGGCGCCUGACUGCAUUCCCAGAAUGCCCUUCUGCAGGACAGGAAGUGGCCCUGUGUCUGCCGGCAGCCCUCCCGCUCCCUUUUCCCUUCUUUGGGGAUGUCAGAGAGGACCCUAGCACUCCCCCGCCUCCCCCUUUCCUUCCGGUUGCCUGGCCAGCACACCCUUCCGCCCAGGUGUUUCCCGUUUCCCCGCACUCCCACAGCCUGGGGCCGCCAGGAGGCUGGAGCCAGGGCUGGAGCCUGUCAGCUGCCUCCUCGAGUGUGUUAGGCCCACAGCUGCCCAUCCCAGCGUCAGACCGGAGGACCCCGAGGUCUGCUGUGCCCCAGCCUCCACAAGUCCCAGCCUCACAUGAUGUGUCUGCGUGUUGGCUGCUGUGUCCCGUGUGUUCUGGAGUGUUGUCUGGGGGGAUGUCUUUUACGUGGUCUUGGAGGCGUGUGUGCUGCCCACCCUCCACACCUACAACCAUGUGUGCCCGUGGGUGGUCCCGGGCCUGGCCAGGGCUCACCGCUUCCCUUUCCCUUCCCCCUUUCGCCCUAGCUCUGCCUCUCACAAAGCACACUGCGCGUGUCCAUCCCAUGUGCCUGUGGGUCGAUGCACGCUCAUGCCACGCCUUGAGCGUGUGUACAUGAUGUGUUCUAUGCAUUCACCCUGCCCCCCAGCCUGCCCCGCAAAGGACAAGAUGGUGGCCCCCGGCUCCCUUCCACCCCACCUGCCCCCUGCCCGCUGUGCAGCCGUGUGCGUUGGCGUGUGUUUCCGUGUCGCUGGCGUGUCACGUGAUGUAGCUGUGUUUGCUGACAUGAGCCCGCCCCCUCUGUUUCUCCUUUGGUUUCUAGAGCACUUUCCCUCGCCUCUCCAGAGGGGACAGGACUCUAGGGGCCUGGCUGGGGGCCCAGAGCCAGGCCGCCCUCUCCUGUUCGCCCUCAGAGACCCAUUUCUCUCUAUUGGUGACCAAGUUGCAAAUGGAUCAAACACAGGAAAAUUCUGCCCUCUCCCCAGCCCUGCAUGUCCUGUCCCCAGAGCCCCCUACCCCCACCCUGGGCCGGGUUGGGCCCCGUGGAACGGGAGAAAUAGCAACCAAUCCAACAGCGGG